AUGACCGAUUGUAGAUUAACUGGUGAAUCUUUUGUAAAUUUUGUCUUCAUGCCUACCAUUGGAGUUUUGUCUACAAAAGAUGUAGAUGAUUUCCUAGCUCCGAACAAUCUUACCUUCACCGAAUUAAUCGCCCCAUUUGCAGAAAACUUAAAAGAUGUUGCCACUCCUUGGUUUGAGACUUGGCGAUACAUGUUUCUAUCAAGAUUGGAUGGAUUUGAGCAUGAAUUUUUGUCUCGGUAUCUGGGGUGCAUUUUUGUUGUUAGCACACGGAAUCCAGAUCCUCUGAGUGCUUUCUCCUCUCUUGUUCAACAACAGCUCCAAUUAACAAAAUCCCAACCCUAUCGAUGGUUCAGUCAAUCCCAAAUUAUCAAAUUUUUUGUUCUUAUGAACGAUUCUGAUAUGAUGUCUCCUGCUGAAAGUAAUAAAAUUUUCCAAUCAAUUGGAUCAACUUAUGGAAAUACAAAUUGUUAUUUUCUUAAUCUUGCACCGUCUUCUCACGCAACUGUAGUAAAUGAACCUGCUAAGGAUAUUUGGAUUCCUUACUUACUACCACACGGAUUAAAUCAAACUGAAAUUGACGGAGAUUCCUCUGUUCUAAAAACCGAGAUCACUAGACCUCAUGGAGAAAGCCUUUCUUCAAAUGAUCAUGAAAAAAUCCGAGCUUUCAUAGAGGAUUUUGUGUCCAGAAUUUUAGUUCCGUGGUCGGAAACGACUAUCAGACUUCUGAACGAGCAAACUUCGCACCGUUUACGCAAAACUAGGGGUUUUUUCUCGGUAACCAGGAAGCUGUUCUCUCAAACUACUUUGAAUGAUUCAACUACGCCCUCACUUACUCCAAGUCAAUCAGAUUCAAAUGUUUCGCUAUUGAGUGGUUCUUCCGCUGGUUCAAAUUCCUCUUUGACGUCUACUUAUCCCGAUGAUGCUCCCGAACAACAAAUGAGACGAUUAGCGGAUUUGCUCUUCCUUUUUCAGCAAUACGAAUCCGCACACCAGAUAUACGAUCUCCUGAAAAAGGAUUUUAAACAGAGGUCUGCUUGGUUGCACUAUGCUGGAACUCAGGAAAUGUCUGCCAUGUCAACGUAUCUCCAGGGGGCCGUCAGUCAACGACAGUAUCCUCAACAUCAAAUGGAUGAGGCCAUUAUUACUUACGUAACUAAGUGCAAGUGA